UGCGGGCCUGAAUCCCUUUUCAACCUUCUGUUCGUCGGAGGGGCACCUUCAAGCGGCUCCGUGGUGCACCGGUGGCGGCUUCCUGAACUACUGAGAACCCACCAGAAUAACACUUGAAGACGGAAACCAUGUCGUUCCUGACUGCCAGCAGGCUAGCGCCUAAACUGCUCAAUUCAAAGAAUGCCACCUACUUCAUUACAGCUGCCAGAAACGCCAGCGCUUCCACAACCAAUCUCAAGGACGUUUUGUCAGACCUCAUCCCUAAAGAACAGAGCAGGAUCAAGAACUUUAAGCAGCAAUAUGGCAAAACAAACAUCGGACAGAUUACUGUGGACAUGGUGUAUGGCGGUAUGAGGGGAAUGAAGGGUCUGGUUUAUGAGACCUCUGUGUUGGAUCCUGAUGAGGGCAUUCGCUUCCGAGGCUAUAGCAUCCCAGAGUGUCAGACGUUGUUGCCCAAAGCGGAAGGGGGUGAAGAGCCGCUGCCCGAGGGCCUCUUCUGGCUGCUGGUCACGGGACAGGUGCCCACAGAGGAGCAGGUGAACUGGGUGUCCAAAGAGUGGGCUAAGAGAGCAGCGCUUCCCUCGCACGUGGUCACCAUGUUGGACAACUUCCCGACCAAUCUGCACCCCAUGUCUCAAUUCAGCGCCGCCAUCACAGCCCUUAACAGCGAAAGCAGUUUCGCCCGCGCCUACUCCGAGGGUGUGCACAAGUCAAAGUACUGGGAGUAUGUCUACGAAGACUCCAUGGACUUGAUCGCCAAGCUGCCCUGCAUUGCGGCCAAGAUCUACCGCAACCUGUACCGAGAAGGGAGCAGCAUCGGAGCCAUCGACUCCAACUUGGACUGGUCUCACAAUUUCACCAACAUGCUGGGCUACACCGACGUCCAAUUCACUGAGCUCAUGAGACUCUACCUCACUAUCCACAGUGACCACGAAGGGGGCAAUGUCAGUGCCCACACCAGCCACUUGGUGGGCAGUGCCCUCUCAGACCCUUACUUGUCCUUUAGCGCCGCUAUGAACGGCCUGGCCGGUCCUCUUCACGGCCUCGCAAACCAGGAGGUGCUGGUGUGGUUGACAGCACUGCAGAAGGAGCUCGGAGGUGAGGUUUCAGAUGAAAGGAUGAGGGAUUACAUCUGGAACACGCUUAAAUCUGGAAGGGUGGUACCAGGCUACGGGCACGCCGUUCUGAGGAAGACUGACCCUCGUUACACCUGCCAGCGCGAGUUUGCCCUCAAGCACCUGCCCAAUGACCCCAUGUUUAAAAUGGUGGCCCAGCUCUACAAGAUUGUCCCUGAUGUGCUGCUGGAGCAGGGCAAGGCCAAGAACCCCUGGCCCAAUGUGGACGCCCACAGCGGCGUUCUGCUGCAGUACUACGGAAUGACCGAGAUGAACUACUACACGGUGCUGUUCGGCGUAUCACGGGCUCUAGGCGUUCUGGCCCAGCUGGUGUGGAGUCGAGCUCUGGGCUUCCCGCUGGAGCGCCCCAAAUCCAUGAGCACUGAUGGACUCAUGACUCUGGUGGGCUCCAAGUCUGGUUGAUCGCCAACCAAACGAGGAAGGUUAGCGGUGGGAGGAGGUGCAGAUACGGAAGAACGGGAUGAUUGACCACCCCCUGACCUACCCUGUCCACCCCUGGAAUUUCACAGGAUUUAAAGAGACCCUAUGCUUUUAAUUUCAUCACACACAAGUCGCUCCUCCCGCAACCGCUAGUUGUCCCGUUAGCUCCUCACCUGUAACUCGCAAGGUGAAACUUCUACAUAGAUGCCCACUUUUUUUUUUUUUUUUUAAAGCUAGUCUUGCAAGUCCUUGUGACGAAUUGAGCGUGACAUUUAAAGGGAAUCGUGGGAGUGAAUUGCACUUCCUUUGUGUUUGUUUGAGGAAAAAAAAAGCUAACGCUACGUCCCUUGGCAAUCAAUUGGCACAUCGCUUUAGUCUCUUCUAUGCAUUUCCCCCCUGUUCAGUCGUUGGCAGCGUUUCACUCCCAUUUAUGAGCACUCCACUUUUCAACAUUACCACAGUGAUCAAGCUCAAAACAUUAAAAAGAAAAAAAAAAAAAGACAAAAGGUGAUGCCACAGCUUUUGAAAAGGUCUGUUAUAUAUUUUUUUGUAGUGCCGGCCUGACUUUCCUCUAUGAUCAAAAUAACGGUCAGGUCUUUUGAUCCCGGCGCUACUUCAUCCUGCUGACUGACACAUUAAGCAAGCGAGUGGGCUGUCGUGACGCCUACGAGCAAGUUUGUGAAUCCAAAGUUAACUGUCCUUCUAAUUCUUUACGUCCGCUUGCGUUUGUUGCGUAGUGUUCACACGAGAGCGCUUUUUCAAUAUCGACCCUGCAAAAAAAAACUGCUUCUACUUAAUUGAAUCCACAGCUCUCCAGCUUGAGUCCACCCCACCCCCACCGUCCUAAUUUCCUGAACUUAGUGGAGUUGAAAAUAUAUUGAACUAUCAUGGUUGGGUCGUGUUGUGGUUUUAUUUAUACUUUGUGUACAUAGGUUCUGUAUAUG